AUGGAAAAAYUACUCAAGCGUCCUGAGAAGCUUCGGGGAGCCCCGGAAAGGCGCAGCAAGGACAAGUAUUGCCACUUCCAUCGGGAGCACGGUCAUAACACGUCGGACUGCUGGGAGUUGAAGCGCCAAAUUGAGGAUCUAAUUCAAGAUGGCUACUUCAAGAAAUUUSUGGGAAAGCCCAGGACCAGCUCGGCAGAAAACAAGGAAGAGCGGAAGCGUUCGAGGACGCCGCCCCGGCGCACUGACCGACCUGCGGUCAUCAAUACCAUUUUCAGAGGGCCAAGCGGGGGUCAGUCCGGACAUAAAAGAAAGGAGUUAGCUCGUGCAGCCAGGCGCGAGGUGUGCAUCAUCAGGGAGCAAAGGCCGACUGGCCCAAUCACCUUCGACAGUACAGACUUAGAGGAGGUCCACCUACCCCACAAUGACGCACUUGUGAUCGCUCACUUGAUUGAUCAUGUGGUGGUCAGGAGGAUGCUGAUAGACGGAGGCGCAUCUGCUAACAUCCUGUCCUUACCGACCUACCUGGCCCUGGGUUGGACGAGGUCGCAAUUGACGAAAAGCCCGACACCGCUGGUUGGGUUCUCUGGAGAAUCGGUCAUCCCAGAGGGUUGCAUCGACUUUCCGGUCACAGUUGGGCAGGACCAAACUCAGGUCACCCAAAUGGCCGAGUUCGUGGUAAUUGACGGUCUUUUUGGUGGUCUGGCUGGAAUGUGCAUGUGA